AUUGCAAAAUAUUUUGAUCGGUUUUAACAAUGAAAGGUUUCUUAGACCAGAAUCACAAAAUCAGUAAAAAUGAAGGUUGAGGUUUCAAUCAAAAACAAUCUAGUCACAGUUAACAGUAGUAAAUAUUUUCUCAAAGCAAGUCGGACCGAAAUAGGAAACAUAAGUUAUUCUUCUGGUAAUAUAUUUUUUUUUCUUCUCGGGGAAGGGGGAAGAUGUGGGAUCUGGCUAAACGAACUGCAUAAAAAUGAUUAAACAUGUCCGAAAAUAUCAAUUGGCAACCCUAUACACAUUACUCUGCGUCAACGGCUUUUCCCUCGUUCGAUGGCGUUCUUUCUUCUCCCUCGCAAACGUCAGCGAACACAGCCAGUCUCGCGCCAAGUCACCCCAAAGCAGGAAGCCUUCCUACCGAACAAGAACCUACGGAAUCGUUGCAUCGGUUCUCCUGAUCCAGAAGCGGAUCUCACAAGAAGGAGGCCCUACAAGAGAGUUUAUGUGUGCACUUAUUGUGAUAAGAAGGGCCAUACUAAAGAUUACUGCUAUUUGCGUAAACGUUACAACAAUACACCCAGGAACUAUAAUUCCAGACAGCAAUCAGCGGUUAGAUUUGUUGAUUCUCCGAAACCAAGUGGGUCCACAUCAGCUUUAUUCAAAAGGUUAAAACUUGAUAUGACUUCUGAUUCUGAGACAGAGGAGUCUUGUUUGAUGAUUUCUUCAAUCAAGAAAAUCAAUGAGCCAUGUUACGUGAAGGUUGUUAUUGACAAACGAAAUUUUACAAUGGAAAUAGAUUCUGGGUCGGCGGAAACGGUUAUUUCUGAAGAGUUUUUUAAAAGGGCUUUUAAUAAUUUUGAGCUAUACAACUGUAACAAGCGUUUGGUGGUGAUUGAUGGGAAACGAUUGAAGGUUUUGGGCAAAUUCAAUGUGUGCGCGCAGCUGAAUGGAGUAGAGGCUUUGGUACAUGUGGUGGUGCUUCAAUGUGGCAACGAAUUCAUACCUUUGAUGGGCCGGACAUGGUUAGAUAUUUUCUGCGUUGGUUGGCGAAAAUCGUUUACUAAGGUGGCUGACCCGGAGGAAACCAUUCAUUUACUUAAAGAGGAGCAUAUAGUUCAAGAUAUUACGAAAUGCGACCUUUUGGCAAUAUCCUGAAAAAGGGCAAUAUAUCUGUGCAGACCUGUCCGGAGGUCUGCGCCCCGGGAGCAACACCGGCGAGCUACUCGAUCUCGAACUACCGAGGGAACGACGCGCUACUUGGCUAGCUGGCUUGCUAGCCGAUUGACUAGCCGACUGGCUCGCUGCACGCUUGUGACGAAUGACGCGGUAUCGGUUUAAUCCAUUCACACAAUAUCCUAACUUCCUGUGUGCGAUUUCACGCCUGAGUAUCGUGUCUACAUUUUUUUUUCUAUAAAUGUUUCUGCUUUCAUGAGAAGCAUUAAUAUUAUAAAAAUGAAUCUAACAGUUGAUCGACUUUACGAAAUUAAUCUUAUACUAAAACUAAUACACACCACCCCCCCUCCCCCCUUGGUAGCCUUCGCACUCGAUGUAACACCCAUUCCCAACGAAGAGGGGAAAUGUAAACACGAUAGUCACUUGUAAAUUACGCUCAUAAAGUGGUCAGUGGUGGAACCAUUCUAAUACCUUUCUAGACCCCAACGUCAACUGAAAUUUUGUUCAACUUAUUUUGGCAAACUAUAAAUUUGAGAAACCGAGUCCCUAUUCCGGGAGUUAUGUUACGUGACACGCGAAAUUUCACUUUGUUUUGCCGACUUCAGGAAGGAAAGAUAAAUUCAAUGAGCUUCGAAGUCAACUUUUAAAGAUGAAAUUUGGUAUAAUUCCCAAGGUUUCUUAUAAUAAGGACAAUAACGUUUUUCAGUUCCCUUCGAUUUGUUUUUGCCUCCACAGAGCGUAUUGUUUCUGACCGAAGGUGAAAAUUUGAGCAGGAUCUCCCCGAAGAGGCAAAAGAUUUGAAAUAUUGAAAUCUAUCAAAUGUAUCAUUUCGUAAAUUUCCAAUGAAUUUCUAUAUUUUUGUAGCACGUAGCCCACAUUAAUGUAAACACAG